CGGUAUCACACGAACGUAAACUUGCCACGUCUCGUUUACUCGUCGGCUUUCCCGUUCCGUGGCAGAAAGCAAAUCGAGAAAAAACAUCGUCUUCAUCGCGCGCCGGACCGAGCAUCGUUCAGUAAUCGUCUGGUCGUGAAUAGCAGCGAGCAGUAGGCUAAGGAAUUAGAACACAAUAUGCGUGUGGCAACGUCGUUGGGUUUGGCUGUGCUGGUCGCCGGAAUUGCUCUGGUGGCAUCCGAGGUGGAAGUCAAAACCGAAGAGGAGGUGUUAGUACUUACGAAGGACAACUUCCAGUCUGUGAUCGAAGAGAACGAGUAUGUUUUAGUAGAAUUCUAUGCUCCUUGGUGUGGACACUGUAAGGCUCUCGCUCCCGAGUAUGCAAAGGCUGCCAAAGCUCUGGCAGAGAAGGAGUCCAAAAUUAAACUAGCCAAGGUGGAUGCCACUGAGGAGCAGGAGUUGGCCGAAAAGCACGGAGUUCGGGGUUACCCAACACUGAAAUUCUUCCGCAGUGGAACACCCAUCGAGUACAAUGGAGGACGCGAAAAGGACACGAUCAUCUCCUGGUUGGAGAAGAAAACUGGUCCAGCUGCUAAGGAGCUGGAAACUGUGGCGGAUGCUGAAGCAUUCCUGAAAGAGUUCAACGUUGCCGUGGUUGGUUUCUUCAAGGAUCGUGAAUCUGCUGCAGCUAAGACAUUCCUGGCCACUGCCAAUGCUGUCGAUGACUAUCCCUUCGCCAUCACCUCCAGCGAUGACGUGUACAGCAAAUACGAAGCCAAAUGCGGCUCGAUUGUGCUGUUCAAACAUUUCGAUGAUGGCAAAGCUGUCUUCGAGGGUGACCUGAGCGAGGAUGCCCUGAAGAAAUUCAUCACCGCGCAAGCACUUCCACUGAUUGUCGACUUCAGUCACGAAACCGCCCAAAAGAUCUUCGGUGGUGAAAUCAAGAAUCAUCUUUUGUUCUUCGUCUCGAAGGAAGCUGGUCAUUUGGAGAAGUACAUCAACGAUGGAGCGAAGGAAGUUGCCAAAAAAUACCGAGAAAAAAUUCUGUUCGUCACCAUCGAUGCCGACCAGGAAGACCACCAGCGUAUUCUGGAGUUCUUCGGAAUGAAGAAGGAUGAGGUACCGUCGAUGCGUAUUAUUCACUUGGAGCAAGAUAUGGCCAAAUACAAACCGGAAACCAACGACCUAUCCGCCGAAAAGGUGGAGGAAUUCGUACAAAACUUCUUCGACGGCAAGGUGAAGCAGCACCUGCUGACACAAGAUUUGCCGGAAGAUUGGGACAAGAAUCCAGUGAAGGUGCUGGUUUCGACCAAGUUCGACGAGGUUGCCCUAGAUCCCUCAAAGGAUGUACUGGUUGAGUUCUACGCUCCGUGGUGCGGACACUGCAAACAGCUGGCACCCAUCUAUGACAAACUUGGUGAAAAAUACGCUGACUCUGAAACGAUUGUGAUCGCGAAAAUGGACGCCACUGCUAACGAAUUGGAACACACCAAGAUCAACUCAUUCCCGACCAUCUAUUUGUACCGAAAGGGAGACAACAAGAAGGUCGAAUUCAAGGGAGACCGUACUCUGGAAGGACUCUCCGAUUUCCUGGACGGCAAGGAUUCUGGGGAAAAUGAGGUGAACGAGGAAGCUGAAGAAGAGGAGAAACCUUCGAAGGAUGAGCUGUAAAGUGUGGGGUAGAAAGUAUACUUAGAUUGACAACUGUGAGUAGCAUUCAGAACACCGAUUAAAAAAAAACAUCUUCAAGUUAUUUGGACACCACAACCAUUUAUUCUGCAGAACACAAACAAACGAAUCAAGAGCAAAAUUCACUCAUUAACAAUUCAACGAGAUCCCCGGAAUCCGCUAACAAAUGAGCUGUAAUAUAGUCACCAUUUUUUCUAUCAAAGUCCUUUUUUUCCUGUUCCUUUGCCAGCAAAUACGUAGAGACGAAAAAAUGUAAAAGUGCAAAUUUGCAAGAGACUGUUUUUAGUAAUUCGUGCUGUCAGGGGAAAACAAAACAAAAAGAAUUCCACAUGAGAGAACAAGAAACUAUCUAGGCGAAUGUUCUUCUUUUUUUUUUCCAUCAACAUCAAACGACUAAGAAGAACAUAGGAAAGUUCUAAAAUGAUGAGGUUAGGCUAAACAGAGAUGCAUUUUUAAAUGUUAUAUUAACAUUAAAGAAUAAAAAACAAGUAAAAAUCAGAAACGCGCUGUUCGUUUUGUUCUAAGGCUUCCAAAGGGUGCGAUCGUUUAUUGAUUGAUCAUCGAUUUCGACAAUUGCAGUUGCCCAUUCAUUGCGUAGCAACAGUUUCAGCACAAAAGUAGAACCGUUUUAUUAGUUUUCCAGUUUCCCUGUCCUUAGGUGCAUUUUUUCACGCCAGAGAGCGUUUGGAUUUGAAAGAAGUGGACUAAUAAAAUGUUAAAGAAUGUAA